AGCGGUUUUAUAAUAGAAAACAGCUUCUCAGCAGUACCUGUUUCUUAAUUUAAACCGGUCUAUGAGUAACAUGUUUUCAACUCUGUCCUGCAACAUAACCAAAACAAUCUCAGUUCCAGUAGCGCUUGCUAGAAAAUCUGAGAAAAAGUCUGGAACAAUACACGUUUCAUUGUUAUUAUGAAAACUGUACGAGUCUAAUAUUUUUCAGAAUGAUGAAUAGUAUUUUUUUUUUUUUAAAUGUCAUAGCACAGUAUAUAGUAUUUUUUUAAAACACAACGGUGUGUUUCAUUUGGGAUCGGACGGAUCGUACUUGUUCCCUGACGUCGAUCUGCAGUAACUGAGAGAGUUGUUUUGUUUGGAUUGAGCGUAGUUAGUGUAGAUUUAGCAGAGGGCAAUGGCAGAGACGGUGCAGGAAGGGACACAAGUUCUCCAUGCAGCAAGUGUCAGCGUGAAAGAGGAGAAAAGACCGUGCAAGGAAGUAGAGGAAGAGGAGGAUGAAGAAGACCUGCCCCAUGCCGAAUUCUUGGACAUCUUUGAGGAAGGUCUGGCGAGGAUAGUCCAGGAUCCUCUGCUUUGUGACCUACCCAUCCAGGUCACAUUGGAAGAGAUCAAUUCCCAGGUGGCUUUGGAGUAUGGUCAGGCAAUGACAGUCCGAGUCUGCAGGCAUGACGGUGAAGUUAUGCCGAUUGUGGUGGUGCAGAAUGCUACAGUGCUGGACCUGAAGAAAGCUAUUCGCAGGUUCAUGGAGCUGAAGCAGCAGCGAGGAGGAGGAGUGAAACACAUCAGCUGGCGGUAUGUGUGGAGAACCUUCCAUCUGGUUUUUGACGGAGAGAAACUGGAAGAUGACAAGAUGAAACUUAAAGAUUAUGGCAUAAGGAACAGAGAUGAGGUGACUUUUCUUAAGAAGCUAAAGAAGAAGUGAAUCAGGAUCAGUAGAACUGGAGUUUUUCAACGGGCAGAAACAAAAGCAAAGGGGGAAAACCUGCAGCCACCAACUAUUCCAGAAGACAUCGAUCCCACCCCAGUCUGCAAUGCAUCCGGAUCAUCAGUAUAUCACCUAUCUGAUUAAGAGUGGAUCAGAGGUUAGGGCUUGUGUCUUUCCAGGAUAGUCCUUGGCAGACACUAGCUUCCUAAUGGGUCAGGAGAGACUUUUCUACGACUUUUUCAUGAACUCUCCAGAAGUGGACCAGUGGGCCUGUUAUUUGACCUAAAAAGAUCCACAAAGCACCCUAUUUAAUGACCUACUGUAAGCAACAUAUAUGUUGAGAAGGAAAAUAAAAUACUAACCAGGACCAUACAUUUGCACUGUGCCUUUCCCCAAUGUAUUUCUUAAAUAUGUUAAUGGUUUAACAUUAUUGACCAAUUGUUUCUGAUUUUGUGGCUGCAUUAUAAUCUGUUUACCAGGGCAAAUGACGUUAUCUAUCUGUGAUCUUUUGUUCACAAUGGACUGAUUAUUUGUACACAGCCUGCACUAAACACCACCUUUAUACCAUACUGAAAGUAAAAAACGAAAUAAAAAACAAA